CGAAACGCAAACUAGAGGUAGAAUUAUGUCGAAACCAAUAGGUUCUGAAUGGUCAGUAAUGCUCAUCAGUAUACUCUUUCUUCUUAACUAUCUUCUUCUCUGGCAACUUGGCUCUGGGGCUUCUUUUGAUGAUCGCAUCGACGAAGCCGCACGUAGUGGAUCCCUUCCAGAUGAUGAAGUAAGUGCUCUUCGACUCCUUUCCAAGAAUUUGCUGUCCAAAGACACAAUGCAGUUAACUCUCACGUAUCCAAUUUGUUCUCCGGAGAAGCAUGCCGAGAUCCGAUGUGAUUACUGCCACAGCAUAAAAAAUCAAUCGGUUUGUUCGGUCACUAUAAUAAACUUGCCAAGCAAAAACUUGGAUGGAUCUAUUGACCCAUCAAUAGAUCUCUUUGAAAAAUUGGAAGCACUUAAUCUUUUCAAUAAUCAGCUUUCUGGUGAGAUUCCUGCGACGCUGGGGAAUUUACAGUAUCUCAAGAUUUUGUAUGUUAAAGCUUUGAUUCCUUGUUCUAUAUUUAUAAAUGAUGGCAUGCAUAGGCUAUGUUUAUUUCUAAAUCAUGGUACAAUGACUGUGCUAAACAUCAGGAACCUUUCAAGCAAUUCAUUGACCGGUUCUAUACCUCCAAACCUAACAAAGUUGCACAAUCUGGAAUAUCUGUAAGUCUGUCAUGAUUGCUUCCAUUUAACGGUAUUGCAAUUCCUUAGAACUCAUGGUAGAUAACCCUUCUAAUGAUGACUGAAUUGAUACAUCUCAGCAUAGCAAGACAAAACAAGCACCCUCCAUCCAAUUUGUCAUUUGCCAUUAGAUGAUUGCCAUCAAAUUUAAAGGAAGAACGAAUAAUAUUAAAGAGAUAAACUUAGAUGAACAGAAUGAAGAAUUGUAGCACACGCCUCUUGAUUGUAUUUCUAACGGAUUCGAUGGUGUGAUCUAAAGACAAUUAAUUAUAAAUGAAUCUAAAUUGGAA